UCCGGAAGUAAACCAACGACCGUCUUGUCAACGGCGCGAGACGCUGGUUUGUUUUACUAAAACUAAAAUAAAAAAACAUGAAUAUAUGAGGCACAAACUGAGGAAUGCUGGCCUGCAGUACCUUUUAAAUGUUCACUUAAUUUCUCAAAUUUUUUUUUUUUUUAAAUCCGGACCUUCAGUGAGAGAAAUGGAGGAGAAAGAGAACCGACUCCACUCAACAUUCACCUCUAUGACCUUGGAUUUUGGCUUGAAAUUCACCGGCUCUCCAAAACACCAAUGACCUUAUUUAAAAACAAUGAACAUGUCCUUUGCCUUCCACCUGCUCUACAGCCCCGUUUCUGUUAACUUCGGUCAGACUUUUUACCCAUUCUCCUAGCCAAGCAUAUAAUUAUAUUCAUGUGUACAGGAUAUUUCACUUCCUGCCUUAUGCUUUGGUUGGUGAGAACCUGCACGUCCCCAACACCCUGUUUACCAUCUCGCACACCUCUACUGCCCUGACGCCACUUUGGCAAGGUCCACUUUGGCCAUGUUCCGCAAGAAAGGCCCUCUAAUUAUUUGUGGCAUUUUGUUGUUUAUUGUUUGGAAUGCACUUCUUAUAUUUAUUCUCUUGGGCCGGUUUCCUGGACAUGAAGGAGACAAGUCUAUUUCAGCAGGAAAAGCUCCACAAAAUGGCAACGUUAUGGAGCAAUUACUUCAGUUAAUCACUGCAUUCGAAACUGAGCUUGAAUCCCAGAACAAAAUCCUUCUCCAGAUCCAGAGCCAUAAGUCACUGUGGGAGGAACUUAAAAAAAACGGCACAGCUUUAAGGAGUAAAUUGGAUACCAAAAGUAACCAUACAAACGUGAGGAGUAAAUUCCAGUCAUCCCGUGCGGUCAUUCCCAUCUUGGUCAUGGCGUGUAACCGAGUGACCGUGAAACGCUGCUUGGACAGACUUCUUGAGUACCGACCAUCAGCUGAACUCUUCCCCAUCAUCGUAAGCCAGGACUGUGGACACAUGGAGACUGCAGAAAUGAUCGCCUCAUAUGGCAGUAAACUGACUCACAUUAAACAGCCAGAUUUGUCCGAGAUCUCGGUGCCUGCGGGACAUCGCAAGUUCCAGGGUUACUACAAGAUCUCAAGACAUUACCGUUGGGCUCUAAACCAGGUGUUCAAUUCCUUCUCAUACUCUGCUGUCAUCAUUGUGGAAGAUGAUUUGGAGGUGGCCCCAGACUUCUUUGAGUACUUUAAAGCCCUUCACCCUUUACUGAAAUAUGACCCAACUCUGUGGUGCGUGUCUGCCUGGAAUGAUAACGGCAGGGAAGGAUAUAUAGAUCCUGCGAAGUCAAGCCUCUUAUAUAGGACGGACUUUUUCCCAGGGCUUGGGUGGAUGCUGCUGAAGGAGCUCUGGAUGGAGCUUGAGCCAAAAUGGCCAGCAUCGUUUUGGGAUGACUGGAUGCGGCAUCCCGAUCAGCGCAAAGACAGGUCGUGCAUUCGUCCGGAAAUCUCUAGAACUUUGACGUUUGGCCGCAAGGGUGUGAGUUUGGGUCAGUUCUAUGACAAGUAUCUCCGUUUUAUUAAACUCAACACUGAAUUUGUGCCUUUUACAACUCAAGACGUGUCUUAUUUAGAACAGGGAACAUAUGAUCAAGCUUUUGAGAACGAGGUUUACAGCGCCCCUGUUGUGACAGCGGAGGAGCUGAAAAAUGGGAAGCUGUCCGGGCCUGGCCCGUUUCGGCUGCAGUAUUCCAGCGCGCAGAGUUUUAAAACACUAGCGCGAGGUCUCGGACUCAUGGAUGACUUGAAGUCUGGAGUCCCGCGAGCUGGCUAUCGAGGUGUUGUCAGCUUCUUUUCACAAGGAAAGCGGCUCUAUAUAGCACCACCUGUAGGUUGGACAAAGUAUGAUCCAAGCUGGAGUUGAGAUAGCAAGUACAUAUUGGUGGAAAAAUUUAUGUAGACAGACAGUACAAAGGAAUUAUAUUGUAAAGUCCACAAUGAUGUGUCAUGGUGCAAAUGUGUUCAAAAUGUGUUUAGCAUCCAUGCUCAAAAUAAGUUAAUUUUAUUUGUCUUAUAUUUAGAAAUGUUCACUGUGCAGAACAUGAGAUGCUUCAGAAUAAGCAACAGAUUUAAAAAAAAAAAAGCAAAGGUUGAAAAUGAUGAGACCAAAGAGUAUAUUGUAGAGUAAUUGAUUUCCAUAUCUCAGGUCAAUGCUGAUGUUUCUUAAUGAAAAGUGACACAUCUACCUUCAGUGUUAGAUAUAUACUGUAGAUUUGUUGAGAUUGUCUCACCAAGUUGCCAUCAAAUGUGAUUUAUACUGAUUUUUUUUUUUAAGCAUAAGAUUAUCAUCAGAGCCUUGAUGCAAAUAUAUUCUUUAUUCGGCAGUCACUUUGCAAUCUAAAACCUCUCAAGUGCCUUCAAACUUUGAUAGCUUUAGUUAAAUGAUAUGUGAAGUUCGUGCAUAAGAGGUGGUGGAUGUUCUGUGUUUUGGGUAGAACAUGUAGCUUGUAAAUCUAUGGAGAACAUUGACAGACUUUGAUUACAAAAAUUGUUAAUUACAAUUUUUGGGAUUUAAUGUGUAAAAUAAAGCAAACCUUUUGUCAUAUUUUAA